ACGAAGAAAAAAAAUAAUUUUCCGGAGUUCGAACGCAUAAUUUCACAAAUCAAUCAAGUUUUUAAAUUUCUAAUGCAUUAAAUUCUAACAAAAACGACAGAAAACGCACAAAAACAGUGAAUGAAUUAUUAAAGUUUGACAAUAUAUAAAAAUUAUUGUAAACAAUUAAAAGUAUCUUCCAGAAAAACUCUCCAAAAAAAAUACUACUGAAAAACUACCAAGUGCCAAGCAAUUGCAUUUUCACACACACACACAUAAACUAACGAAAAAAAACAGCCUUCAUACAAGUAACAUUUGUGGCUGUGCAUUGUUGGGAGAAAAAACUAAAAAGUGAAAUUCCAUGGCUUGUGCAGCAACAGCUGCAGGUAAAGAUGCCAAUACAGGAAGCACAAAUUCGGGUUUAGUGGCGGCUGCUACUGGUGGUGGUGGCGGUAGUGGAGCAACAGCAUCAACUUCUAGCUCGGCCGUAGCGGGAGCUGUUGGUGGCGGAGGCCAAACAUCAGCUGCAACCGUUGUGGAUGGAGCUCCGCAAUCCAACGGCGGUGGUGUCAUGAAUCGUCAAUCACGUUUUGCAAUGGAGGGUGUAGGCGCCAGAGUUAUAAGAGGUCCCGAUUGGAAAUGGGGUAAACAGGAUGGUGGGGAAGGUCAUGUUGGCACUGUGCGAAAUUUCGAAUCUUCCGAAGAAGUCGUUGUUGUGUGGGAUAAUGGCACUGCUGCUAAUUAUCGUUGCGCCGGCGCUUACGAUUUACGUAUACUGGAUAGUGCACCCACUGGCAUUAAGCAUGAUGGCACCAUGUGCGAUACCUGCCGUCAACAGCCCAUCUUCGGUAUACGCUGGAAGUGUGCAGAGUGUGUUAACUAUGAUUUGUGUUCGAUAUGUUAUCAUGGCGAUAAACAUCAUUUGCGACAUCGUUUCUAUCGUAUUGCCACGCCUGGCGGUGAACGUACUAUGAUCGAACCACGUCGUAAAUCUAAAAAAGUAGCAGUACGUGGUAUAUUUCCAGGAGCUAGAGUGGUACGCGGUGUCGAUUGGCAGUGGGAGGAUCAGGAUGGUGGUGUGGGUCGCCGUGGCAAAGUUAAUGAAAUACAGGAUUGGUCUUCGGCCUCGCCACGUUCGGCGGCUUAUGUUGUGUGGGAUAAUGGUGCGAAGAAUCUGUAUCGUGUGGGUUUUGAAGGAAUGGCUGAUUUGAAGGUCGUUAACGAUGCCAAAGGCAAUACAGUUUAUCGCGAUCAUCUUCCACUUUUGGGAGAAAAUGGCCCGGGCAAGGGACCACAUGGCUUUCAAAUUGGCGACAAAGUUACCGUCGAUUUGGACUUGGAAAUUGUGCAAUCUUUGCAACAUGGCCAUGGUGGUUGGACAGACGGUAUGUUUGAGUGUCUUAAUAAUGUUGGUUUGGUCGUGGGUAUCGAUGAGGAUCACGACAUAGUCGUUGGUUACAAUUCCGGUAAUCGUUGGACUUUUAAUCCGGCCGUGCUUACAAAAGUGGCCUCUCCAACGACAGCACCGCCAGAAUUUCAGGUUGGUGAUAUUGUCAAGAUAUGCUCGGACGUAGAGAGUAUUAAACAAUUGCAAAGGGGUCAUGGUGAAUGGGCCGACGCCAUGCAAUUGACAUUGGGCAAAGUGGGUAGAGUGCAACAGGUAUAUCAUGAUAAUGAUCUGAAAGUAGAGGUGGGUAAUACAUCGUGGACCUAUAAUCCAUUGGCGGUUACCAAGGUGGCUUCGGCCAAUGCUGAUGGCAGUUGUGUGCCCGUAAUAUCAAGUGGUGAACGUUUGUCGGCUAUUUUAAAGAAAUUAUUUGAGCCCAGUGUUUCGGGUGAUGCCACAGAGGAGUUUGUUAAGGCAGCGGCUAAUGGUUAUGCGGCCCGUUGUGAGGAAUAUUUAACUGGUGCGGUACAGGCUUCCAGCAGUUCAUCUUCGUCCGCUACAGCCCAAUCAUCUGCAGCCGCUUCCCAGCCCGUUAAUACCAUAGCAGAUGUUAAUGGAGUAUUUGCUGGUCAUACUGCUUUACAGGCUGCUAGCCAAAAUGGUCACAUUGAAGUCAUACAAGUCUUAUUGUGCCAUAAUGUAGAUGUUGAAAUCGAAGAUAAAGAUGGUGACCGUGCCGUACACCAUGCAGCUUUUGGUGAUGAACCAGCUGUUAUUGAGUUACUCUCUAAGGCUGGGGCAGAUCUUAAUGCUCGCAAUAAACGCCGACAAACUGCUUUGCAUAUAGCAGUCAAUAAGGGCCAUUUGAAUGUGGUCAAAACUCUAUUAAGUUUAGGUUGCCAUCCUAGUUUGCAGGACUCCGAGGGUGAUACGCCCCUACACGAUGCCAUUUCUAAAGAACACGAUGAAAUGCUUAGCUUAUUGCUGGACUAUGGCGCCGAUAUAACUCUUACCAAUAACAAUGGUUUCAAUGCCUUGCAUCAUGCUUCCCUUAAGGGUAAUCCUAGUGCUAUGAAGAUUUUAUUAACGAAAACCAAUCGUCCCUGGAUUGUGGAGGAAAAGAAAGAUGAUGGUUAUACCGCCCUACAUUUGGCCGCUUUAAAUAAUCAUGUUGAAAUUGCCGAAUUACUGGUACACAUGGGCAAGGCCAAUAUGGAUAGACAAAAUGUUAAUCUACAGACUGCCUUACAUUUGGCUGUAGAACGUCAGCAUGUACAGAUUGUUAAGCUGUUGGUGCAGGAGGGAGCCAAUCUUAACAUACCCGAUAAGGACGGUGACACACCUCUACAUGAAGCCUUAAGACACCACACUCUAUCACAGUUGAAACAGCUGCAAGAUGUUGAAGGUUUUGGCAAACUAUUGAUGGGUCUUAGAAAUCCUAAUAACAAAAAAGCUUCGGCUUCUAUAGCCUGUUUUUUGGCUGCCAAUGGAGCAGAUUUAACUUUGAAGAAUCGUAAAUUGCAAACACCUUUAGAUUUGUGUCCAGAUCCGAAUCUAUGCAAGACAUUGGUGAAAUGCUACAACGAACGUAAGACCGAUGAUUCGGAUUUGCCGGGUAAUGUAGCUGGCACCAGUACAAGAGCUAAAGCUUUGGCCCAUACUUCCGUAACUGCUAAUCCAAGACCUUUAUCAGCAGUGGCAGCUGCAGGUCCAUCUUCUAUUAAUUCAGCAGUUCCGGCUAAUAUGCCACUACUUGCGGUUACCACGGGUUCAGUUAAUGGUGGUCUUAAUACUUUGGCCCAGGAUCUAACACAAUCAUUGCAUAUAUCUUCCUCAGCCACCGAUACAACAAAUGCUUCCACUUUGGAGGAAUGCUUCUUAUGUUCCGACUAUAAACGUGAUACGGUAUUUAAGCCUUGUGGCCAUGUUUGCUGCUGCGAUAAUUGUGCUCCUAGAGUUAAAAAAUGUUUGAUUUGUCGCGAGGCUGUAUCCUCACGUGAAAAAAUCGAUGAGUGUUUGGUUUGCUCGGAUCGCAGGGCUGCGGUAUUCUUUAAACCCUGCGGCCAUAUGGUAGCCUGUGAGAAUUGUUCCAGUUUAAUGAAAAAAUGUGUCUUGUGUCGUACCCAAAUAGAAGAAAUCAUGCCUUAUUCAUUGUGUUGUGGCGGAGAGGGAAGCAUAGAAAAGUAUUUAUACUUGUUGCAGGUGCAAAAUCCCAAUAUGCAUAAUGAAAAUGAAAAGCCUCAGGCUAUGCUGCCUACGGGCGGUGGUAUUAAUACUUCCGGUCAUGGAGUGGCCAUGAAUAAUACCCUAACCACUACACCCAAUGGCAAUGCUGCUCAACAGGUUCAAUCUCAAAAUAAUCUAUUGGCAGCCGCAGCAGCAGCUAAUAAUGCUGGUAACAGUGUUAUGGUAGCACCCUCCAAUGUUAACAAUUUCCAAAUGGAUGAUGUGCAAAAGCUCAAACAACAAUUACAGGAUAUUAAAGAACAGACCAUGUGUCCUGUUUGCUUUGAUCGCAUGAAGAAUAUGGUAUUCCUUUGUGGUCAUGGUACUUGUCAAAAUUGUGGCGAUCAAAUUGACGGUUGUCCCAUUUGCCGCAAGACCGUCGAAAAACGUAUUUUAUUAUUUUAAACUUAUUAAAUAGUCUCCCUGCUAUUUAUAUUUCCAAAAGUAGUUACACAUAUACAACACAAAAAUUCCCUGCCUUAUUAACAGACUAUUAUUAUUUAUUUUCAUACAUUUAACUCUUAGUUGCACCGCAAAAAACCCUAAUAGCAUUUUAAAAGCUUUUUUUAUCUCAUUAAUUUUACAUCAUGGUAUUGAAAAUUUUCAAAGAAAAUCUUGUUAAAAACUACUGACUAUUGACUCUAACAAUUUCAAUAAUAUAUCACUCGACUUUUAUUUGCAUUUCAUUAACAUUUUUAUUCGUUAAAAACAUUAUUUGUUUCACUCAUUCUUUUUUUAUAUAGUUUAUAUAUAAAUUUCUUUUAUUAGUUUUCAACAUUUUUUUCUUAGAAUACGUACAUGAUUUUUACAAAUAACAAACUUUAUUAUUUUGCGUAAUAAUCCCCAUAAUAUUAUAUACAUACAAUAUAUAUUUUAUAUACAUUAAAAAAAA